AUGCUCAAAGAAAAGAGAGAGGAAAAGGAAGCCAACACGCUUUACUAUACAGUGGGUGGAGACAAAUUGGCAUUGUUGUCAGCUGAUGCAAUCAAUGAAAACAAAGAAUUCCAGAUUUCCAGCGACGAAUAUAAGGGAGCAGUUCAUACUUACCUCCAACUCGUGAAUCAUCUUGACCCUCAAUUUGAAGAGCAGAAAGAAGACUACUCCAUGAUCCGAGGCUUGCAAGAUGGCCUCUCUUCAAGCAUCAAUAGACAUAUUAUCACUGGAUACAGAUUCAAUGCUUCUGAAGCUUUGUCAACUCCAAUCAAAAAGCAAGCCAAAAGCAUUGUUCACCAAAGCCCACAAAAGAGAGGUUUGAAUGUUGUUCAACAAACAACAAUUGGAGUUGUCAAGGCCCUUAGAGAGUUGAAGGCUGAAAAGACAGGACUUCAAAAGAAGACAAUGCAAUUAUCAGACGAAGUUGAAAGACUUUCAAAGAAAGUUGAAGAAACUGAGGAAAUUAUCAAGAAGAAAUCUGACUUGAUUGCCUUCAUGGAAAAUAGAAUUAAUGAUCUUGAGGAAGAAAAUCUUAACCUUAUUGAACCUGAAAAGUACGACCUCAUCAAAAAGGAAGUUGAAAAGCUCAGAUCUAACUAUACCACGGUUCAAUUUGAGAAGGAGCAAUUCAAACAAGAGUUUGAAUCUCAACUUUCUCAGCUCAACCAAUACCGAUCAGACUUGCAAGAACUUCAAGACCAACUUGCUGAAAAGUCACAAAAGCUUGACUCUGCCUUGAGAGAGUUGGAAGUGAAGAGAGAAGAAUGCAACAGGUUAUUCAACACCUCAAAGAAGACCACAGAAAUGCUGUCUGAAUUGGAGAAGGAAAAGAGCAAGUAUGAGAAUAUGGUAUCUGAUUUAAGACAAAAACUAUUCAAGAAACCAGGAAAAGAUAACUCUAUCUUUAGCGAUAGUGAGCCCGUUUCAUCCACUUCAGCAACUGCUACUCCUUCCACUUCCAAGUAUCUUUCAUCAGCAACAAAGUCUAGUGGCACAUCCUCAGCUCAAUCUCUCAAGACUGAAGAAACUCCAAAGCCAUCUUCUUCUGCAUACUCCUCACAAAAGUCUACACCUUCCUCUUCUUUUGGAUCUGUCAAAAGAAGCAGAGAGGUUCAAGAAUUAGACAAGGAACUCAAGAAUGCAAGAGCUCACUUGGCAGAGUUACAAAAUAGCUUGAGUCUAAGUGGAAGCAGUCCUGCAAGAAAGAUGACCAGCCCUGGCAGAAAGAGAGGCAUGACUGUUGAAGAAAUUUUAAACAGAUCCAAUGAAUUUGACUAUGAUCAAUAUGAAGAAAUAACCUCUUCAUCUCGCUCGAAGAAAUACUCACAAUACUAG